CUAUAGAACCGCGUCAGGGCGUCCCGUUAAAAAUCACACCAUGUUUUCACUUCACCAUAGUUACAGGAUCUGUGUGGACAACAUGUGAAGGACUUUUUAUAUUUCUUCAGAUUUACAACUGUACCUUUCUAAAUGUUAUCCAACUGAACCAUGGGCAACAUAUACCGAGGAUCACAAACAACAAAGAAGAUCCCUGCCUCCAGUGUUGCACCUUCAAUACCAUCAAAAUAUGACAGGGUGGUGGUUAGUAACCAGGAAAAAAAGGGCUUUUCAUCUCAGACCAAGAGGUUCCCAGCACACAUCUGCCCGAAUGAAAAUCCAGGACCAGGCAGCUACAACUGUGUGUCCACUGUUGAAACCAGUGGCCCUUCCUACUCACAAAAGGGCACCACAGGUUUCAUUGGAUCCAAGGCACCCAGGCUUCAAAGAGUCUACCCAGGCCCAAAUGCAUACAACCUGCAGGGCUCAUUUAUAAACAGGAAUGACUUCAACACUGGAGUUUCCAGGGUGUUCAGGCUGCCAGUGGCCGUCCCACUGGAUGGUCCGAAGCACAAAACCCCAGCCCCAAAUCAAUAUGAUGUCCGUUAUGGUAGAAGUCAAAGACCGUUUUCCCUGGCUGGUAGAGCACCUUUCCUCUCCACAGCUGGACGAGUGUCUUUUAACCCACACAAAGAUGUGCCAUCACCUUGUCACUACGAUGUGAAUGACACCUUCGUCCAGCUCGGCUCCAAAGCAGUUUUGUCCCCGUUCAAGUCAAAAACACAGAGAAUCCAGGCUCCAGUGGACAAUCAAGUGCCAGGACCAGGAGCCUAUAGUCCACAUCAGGCGCCUGCACCAGUGAAAAGAACCAUCCUGCCGAGAGGAUGUUAUUUGGCGAUAUCUUCACCUCCUGUGAUGAUUCCUAAGCCCCCUCCAUCACCAGGUCCUGGUCACUAUGAUGUAGUCAUCUAUGAAGGCCCAUCCAAGCAUCCCAUACCCAGUGCAGCAUUUGCAUCCAGAACUGCACGGAUACUCCACCAGCCAAAGUCUGAUAUGGGACCAGGUCCAGGUUUCUAUGAUCCACAAAUAUUGACAAAGCAGUCGUUCUUCUACAACGAUUCCAGGACAUGGGUUCCUCUAUAAAAAAAAAGGAAAACUCUAUUAAACUACUUCCACUCAAGUCUUUUCUUUGGAUGCUCAUAUGUUAAUGCAAAUCUAACAAGUGGGGCCAGGCACAACAAAC